AUAUCGAUUUGUUACUCGUUUAUGUCAAUGUUAUCACAUCGCUAUUCGGAAUAUCAUCAAUUUGGCUUUGUUUCGAAAAAACGCGCCGUGAUAUAAAAUGGAUAUUUUAGAUUCGCAACAAGAAAACGAUGGAGUAGAAUUAAUAAUUGAGCCGGGAUAUACAUGGAACGAAUUACGUGAAAACGUCGCUAAUUCCAGUCUUAAAAAGAAAUGCGACUUCCUUUUACAAGUUGGCCUCAAACCCGAAGAUGUGUAUAUAAAGAUACUGGAUUUGUUGAAUUCUGAACUGAAUUUGGAUGAAAUAACUAACCUCUUCGUAAUUGUGGGAACACUUUAUUUUAUUGAAGCUACGCCUGAGACCAUGGAAUGGCGUACUCAUCUUUUACAGAAAACGUUUAACUAUAGCGACACACUAAGCCCCAUGCAUCUCCAUUUAGCAACUAAACGACUUUGGACAAACUUAAAAAGGAAAGACACCGAUGUCUUCAAUAUACUGGAGCUCUGCAAUCAAUUGGUAAUCAUAAGUGAAACAGCUAGGGCUAUCUCCAUAUGCUUAAUGUGGACCAUUUUAUCUGAAAUAACGGAGACUCCCAGUGAAAUGUAUUGUUUUCGUCAGUUCUCAAAAUUGCUGGAAAUGCUGAACAAUAUUGAUAGCGAAACCUUGCAAGAUGAAGAAAAUACUAAAAUUGUUUACAUUUUGGUUCGUGUAUUAAGCUAUCUUAUAAAUGUUACACUUUGUGAUGCUCAAAAUGAGGAUAUUAUUAAAGCCGGAUAUCGUAUGUACUUCAAAUAUACCUCUCCAUUUUUAAAAAAGCUCCACGAAUGGUGCGAAAAUUUCAAAAAAACUAUAGACUCAUGCCCAAAACCAAAGCAAAUUCAAGCAGAUUGGGAUCUCCGAAUGAUGAUUACUGAACACAUUAGCUUUAACAUUAUUAAUGUACUCCAAGACAGAAUAGACCAUAUGAGUGCACCGGAUUAUUCUUAGUGGAAAUACCACAGCUAAGUACACAAAUUAAAUAAAGUGAGUAAAUUUUAUCAAAAUUACACUUGUUAGUCCGUUUCCUCUAAAAUUACUAAAAA